UUGUUAAAAAACAUACUAUAUUUUCUCUUCAUUUUUACAUACAUAACUAUAUUAUUAAAAUAUCUACUGACCGUAAAAAUAAGUGAUUUCAUCUAAAAAAAAUUAGUGUGGACUAUUUUAAAAUAAAAUAAUAAUAAAAAAAAUGUCUGACCUUCUCGUGGAAGUUAAAAAAUUAGAGCCGCGCGCAAUCUUUGGUGCCAAUGGUAAGGUUGAGAAUGGUGUACAACUGCAUCCCGAUAAGGUGAGCAUGAUUUACUCGCUGGGCAACAAGAUUGGCAUCUCCAAUAGACUUAACAACAAGCAGGAGUUCCUGAGUGGACACACACAUGCCGUGUCCUGUCUGACGAUUAGCAAAAGUGGUCAAUAUCUUGCAUCGGGUCAGCGCAAUCAUAUGGGCUUUCCAGCUUACGUAAUCAUGUGGGAUUUCGCAACACGCAAACAAUUGACUCGACAUGAUCUCCACAAGGUUUUAGUGCAAUCGAUUGCGUUCACCGCGGAUGAAAAGUGCUUGGUAUCUGUUGGUGGAAAGGAUGAUGGCACCGUAAUUGUCCUGGAUACGGAUGCACGCACACCGAUUUGUCAAACUCCAGCUGCGCGCUCGAUAUCCGGCAACGCACUCACCGUUUGUUCCCUACACAACAGUCCCUCACAUUUUAUUGUCGCUGGUGAUCGACAUCUACGCAUGUGGAGUAUUCAACGUGAGCAGAAGAAACUUCAUGUACAUGAUAUGCACGUGGGAAAGGUCCAGCGCAUAUAUACGGGCAUGCAAGUGGAUGAAAACGAUCAAUACCUCUAUUUGGGCACCAUGACUGGGGAUAUUGUAAAGGUCUCACUUAAGUGUUGUGAUCCAGUCAAUGUUACUACGAUUGGCAAUACAGCUUCGAUGUUGGGCGCUUUUGGUAAGCACAACCCACGCAAACCUUAUGGAAAGGAUUGUGAACGAUAUGUGAACGGUGUGCGCCAUUUGUGUAUUGUGAAGAAAGGUUUGAUAUUGGUCGGUGCUGGUGAUGGCACCUUAGAGUUGGUGGAGGAGCGUAAGGAUGUUACUUUGGAAAUGAUGAAGAAUUAUCCAUGCCCAACUUGGCCCAUCUUCCGCACGCUGAAACGCACGAACGUGCAUGCCGCCGUCACUUCGUUGGUACGAAGCAAUACGACGAGUGAUGAUUUUAUAGUGUCGACUGAUCAAAAUGAAAUAUGGCUCUUGAAUAUUGUGAAAUUUUCUUGUAGACUGUUGAAGACAUGUCAUCGCAAGCCUGUAAAUCAAAUUGUAUUUCCCAAGAAUUUAUCAACCGUCUUUGCCUCGGCUGGCUAUCAAAGCAUACGAAUUUGGUCGAUCGGACGCUUGCAAGAGAUUCUACGUAUCAUGGUGUACAAUUUUAAAUGUGUCUCCUUGCAAUUCACCAACGAUGGCAGCAGCAUUGUAUCCGCUUGGAAUGAUGGUGUCAUACGCGCAUUUACACCAAUCACGGGUCGCUUGAUAUACGCCAUACCGAAUGCUCAUAAUAAAGGCUGCAGCGCUUUGAGAACUUCGUCAACGGGCCGCUUACUCGUCACCGGCGGCGUUGAGGGACAAGUGCGGGUGUGGAAAAUUGAGCCGUAUCGGCAAAGUUUGAUUGGCGUACUAAAAGAUCACUCGGGUCCAAUAUCCUCUUUGGACUUUAAUCAUUUGGAUACGGAGGUUAUAUCUGCGUGUGUUGAUGGCUCCUGCGUUAUUUGGGAUGUUAAUCGCAUGACCCGUAAAUUUGUCGUCACCUCCAAUACACAGUUCAUGUGCGCACGUUACUUUCCAACCGGUGUACAAUUGCUCGCCUGUGGCUCCGAUGGACGCAUUAGCUAUUGGAUGGUUUACAAUGGCAGUUUGAUACGUGAACUUCAUGGGACGAAAAAGAAUUCAAUUAACUUUUUGGAUAUUAAUGCAACUGGUGAUUACUUUUUAACGGUAUCGAGUGAUCAGACUGUUAAGAUGUGGGAUUAUAAUCGUGGCAUAACUGUUUGCGCCGGUUACGAGCACUCCUCGCCGGUUUUAAGCUGUGCGUUCAGUCCCAAUGGCAGGUUGUUUGUUACCGGCAGCGUCGAUGGUGCAAUUAUUAUAUGGGAUGUGCCAGAGGAGUUUUGGGGUAAACCGAAUCCACCACAAACAUUGGCCCAGGAAACAGUUGGUAAACCCGAAGCACAACCUGUGCCGGCCACACCGAAGAGCGCGAAGCAGGAGAAUAUUGAUAACCUUUUAAAGAGCUCGGCGAAGGAUAAUGUCUGCUGCGUCGAAUGCCCACCCGUUAACAUGAAGAAACAGCCGGAUAUCAAUUGCGAUUAUAUACCGGAUAUAAAAAAAUGUUAAUAUGUAUAUUUAUGUAAAUUUUUUUGUCGCCUGAUAAUUUCGAUAAAUACAUAUAUUAUAUAUUUUAGAGAUUUUUAAGUAACCAUUUUAUUCGUCUUCAUAGCCUGUUUCUGGUAACGGGUUGGUAUGUGGGUUGUGGAAAAAUGAUUUUACU